AUGGACGCGCAGGAUGUCGCUAUCAUGGAGAAAUCCCAACAGCCUGACGCAGUCCAAGUCCCAGAAUCCGCCAAUAGGCCAGAAUGGAAACCAACAUUGCACGAAUUGUUGUUCCUGGUAUCACUUGCGGCCAUUUCUCUCAUGGUCUCCUUGGACGCUACCAUCUUGGUCACGUCCUUGAGUACGAUGAUCACCGCGCUAGGCGGCAGGACUACCCAGGCUUUCUGGGUUGGCACAUCAUACCUCCUAUCCUACGCUGUGACGAUGCCGUACACUGCGGCCCUCAGUGAUAUCUUCGGCCGUCCGAUCUGCCUGCUUGUAUCAUUGAGCUCAUUUGAUCUGGGUUCGAUCGUCUGCUGCGUCGCCAAGAACCUUCUCGCCCUUCUCGUGGGCCGCUGUUUCCAGGGCGUUGGUGGAGGAGGAAUCAUUAUUCUUGCUCUGGACAUCUGCACAGACAUCGUGCCGUUGAGAUAUCGAGCCAAGUACUAUGGGAUCAUACAAGCAGCAUGGGCUAUCGGAACAUGUCUCGGACCACUCCUCGGUGGCGCGUUUGUGGAGCAUUCAACCUGGAGAUGGAUCUUCUACCUGAUGUUUCCGUUUUGUUUCAUUGGCUUUGUUAGCAUCCCAUGGCUUUUGACUCUCAAGCCCAGAACAUCAUCGUUGAAAGAAAAGCUUCUCCGGAUCGACAUUACCGGAGGCGUGCUUUUCAUCGGCUCGAGUACAUCAUUCUUGGUCGCCUUGUCCUGGGGUGGAACCCAAGAGCCAUGGGGCAGCUUUCGGAAACUGGUUCCACUGAUCCUUGGAGCUGUUGGUCUGGGGGCUACCAUGGUAUGGGAAGGUCUUUGCGCCAAAGAACCAUUCCUGCGGAAGAGUUUGUUCCAUUGUCGCAGUUCCUAUGCAGCCUUCGCUGGGGCAUUCGCGCAGGGGCUGUUGCUCUAUGGCCAACUCUACUAUAUUCCGUUUUACUUCUCCUCUGUCCGCGCUUUCUCGCCGAUUCGAACAGGCAUCGCGCUUUUCCCGUUGACCUUUGCUUUCAUUCCUUCCUCGCUGAUCAUCGGUUCACUGAACACCCGCCUGAACCGUUUCCGGUGGGCCCUCUGGAUCGGCUGGCUUAUCGCGACCAUAGGCAUUGGCCUGACUCUUCUCUGGGACCUUCGUACACCAACAGCAGCUUGGGUGGUCAUUGGCAUUGUUGUCGGUGUUGGCCAUGGCUUUGUUCUGAACGCACAGAAUUUUGCCACACAAGCCAUCUGCCUUCCUGGUGAUGAAGCCGCUGCCGCUGCUAUGUACGCUUUUCUACGUAGCUUCGGCAUGGCCAUCGGGGUCAGCAUCGGAAGCACGGUCUUCCAAAAUGUGAUGCUGAUCAAGCUGAAUGAGCUGUCUUUGCCGGCUGAUAUUGCAGAAAUGAGCGAGUCCUAUGUUACCGUACACAACAUUUUACAUGCUUGUACGUACGGCUUUCGCGGUGUGUACGGGUUCUUCACCGGCAUAUCCGGAAUGGCUGCCUUGAUGAGUAUGCUGAUUGGACGGUUUGACUUGAACAAAGAGCUAGAGACUGAGCAUAGACUGGAAGAUAACGAGUUCCUGAGGAGGGUACAAGGUACCAAGAAACCACAACAGGAUGUCCAAGGCUAGCAAAGGAGCGCUUAAAUCAGAUAUAUCGCUGAUCCGAUUGUUAGUUCCAAAAGUCGCGGCUAAGGGAAGAUUUGCUUGACCGCCGUGUGAUGAAUAUAUAUUCAACCACCUGCCUCGUUGCAGCAACUGGGUAAUAUGUUAGAUGAUCACAACCUGGAGCCAAAUCUUCUCGAAACGUAUCAAUCAGUAUCUCGACCAAUAAACACCUGAAAA